CGCGCCAUGGCGAUCGCAAGGCAAGUGCUUUGUCUCUCUGCUUUCCUGGCGCUGCCGCUCGCUCGCGCCGAGCCCAUCCGCUACUCCGUAGCCGAGGAGGCGGAAAGCGGCUCCCUGGUCGGCAAGCUGGCGGAGGACGCGGGGCUGACGCCGCCGCAGCUGUCGGCUCGCCGCGCCCGCCUGCUCUCGGAGGACGGCCGGCAGCAUUUGCGCUUAGACCGCAGCUCCGGCCGCCUCCUCGUGGCGGGGAGGCUCGACCGGGAGGAGCUGUGCGCCCACUCGGCCACCUGCAUGCUCCCCUUCGAGCUGCUGCUCUCCGACCCCCUGCAGUUCUUUCGGGUUGAGGUGACUCUGAACGAUAUCAAUGACCAUUCGCCCGUCUUCCCCGAGGAACGAGUCACUUUUAAGAUUCUGGAGACGACCGAACCGGGCUCUCGUUUCCCGCUAGAGGAAGCUCAGGACCUCGAUAUUGGCAGCAACACAGUGCAGGCGUACAGCAUUUCUCCAAAAAAUGAGCACUUUACUGUCUUCUAUGGGACUCGGAAUACAGGCAAGAAGUAUCUUGAACUGGUCUUAGAAAAGGCGCUAGACAGAGAAGAGCAGGCAGAGAUGGGUUUCAGUCUCAUUGCUGUAGAUGGGGGCUCUCCUCCAAGGAGUGGCACUACAGAAAUUGGUGUUUUCGUUCUAGAUGUAAAUGACAAUGCUCCUAUCUUCACACAAGACGAGUACAUAGGAAAGGUACUGGAGAACACACCAGAAGGUUCUCUGGUUCUGACUGUGCUGGCAACAGAUCAGGAUGCAGGAGUUAAUGGGGACAUUUCCUAUCAAAUCACCCAGGCAGUAGGACAGAGAGACUCAGCAUUUGUGAUUGAUCCCAGAACCGGUGAAAUUAAACUCACAAAACCCCUAGACUUUGAGGAGUCAGAGAAUCACGAAAUCCGGGUGAAGGCUACAGACGGUGGGGGACUCUCAGCAAUUUGCAAAGUGCAGGUGGAGGUGCUGGAUGUGAAUGACAAUGCCCCAGAGCUGGCGGUCAGCUCCUUCAGCAGUCCCCUCCCCGAGAACACAGUGCCCGGCACCGUGGUUGCCCUGUUUACGGUCAGGGACCGCGAUUCUGGUGCCAACGGGAAGAUCUCGUGUGCCCUGGACGAUCAGCUCUUCUUCUCCCUGCGGCCAGCCUACAAGAAUUACUAUGAGCUGGUGACAGUGAGCGCGCUGGACCGCGAGCACACGGCUCGCUACGUGCUCAGUGUCACAGCAGCAGAUGCGGGCUCGCCUCCUCUCACAAGCACGCACACCUUCACCGUGGACAUCUCGGACGUCAAUGACAACGCGCCCGUCUUCAACCAGACGUCCUACACCAUGUACGUGCGGGAGAACAACGCGCCCACGGUGUUUGUGGGAGCCGUGAGUGCUGCAGAUGCUGACGUGGGGCUCAAUGCCAAGGUGACCUAUUCGCUGGCCCCGGUGGCGGCGGCAGAGCGGCCCUCGUGCUCCUGCAUCUCGGUGAACUCUGAGAACGGACACGUGUUUGUGCUGCGGCCCCUGGACUACGAGCGCUUGCGGCAGAGCGAGGUGACGGUCAGCGCCUCUGACGCGGGCUCUCCUCCCCUGCGAGCCAACGUCACCGUGCGCCUCGUGGUGCUGGACGAGAAUGACAAUGCACCGCUCGUGCUCUACCCGGCCCAGGACAGCAGCCCAGCGUCCAGCGAGCUCGUGCCCGUGUCGGCCGAGCCGGGCUACCUCAUCACCAAAGUGGUGGCCGUCGAUGCCGACUCCGGACAGAACUCCUGGCUCUCGUACCACCUGCUCAGGGCCACCGAGCCCGGCCUGUUCAGCGUGGGUGUGCAGAGCGGCGAGGUGCGUCUCAAGAGGCCGGUGACAGAGAGGGACAGCGUGAAGCACAAGCUCCUUGUCCUGGUCCGAGACAACGGCAAGCCCCCGCUGUCAGCCACGGCAGCUCUGAGCGCGCUCCUGCUCAAGGACUUCUCCGACGUGCGCCUCCCGCACAGCAGCCCGCCCGCAGACGAGCAGGGCGACUCCCUGACCACCUAUUUAAUCAUUUCCUUGGUCUUUGUCUCGCUCCUCUUCCUCAUCUCCUCGGCGCUCUUUGUGGCUCGCAAGGUGUGCAAGAGCAAGGAGCUGAAGGCUGCCCAUGUGCUUUCUGGUGCCCACAACUUGCAGAGCGGCCUGGCCGAUGCAGCCGCUGCAGGGACCCUGCCCCGCGCCUAUUGCUACGAGAUCAGCCUCACCACGGGCUCGGGCAACAGCGAGUUCCAAUUCCUCAAGCCCAUCCUGCCCAGCCUGCCAGCACAGCACUGCGCCACGGGCCAGGGCCCCCAGGAACAGCAACAGGAUUUCCCCCGUGUCCCUGUCAGCACAGAGGACAUGGCACCAGACAAUGCUGGGACUCUCUGUGCACGACAGUUCAACGCUCUUUCCUUCAAUUAG